CGUUGGUGAUGGAGGGAGUUGGAAACAGUCCAAGCGCGCAAGGCAACAACAGCUCCCUGAACAAGCUCAGAACAGCUCCGGGACAGUGGUGACUUCACAGCUUCACGAGCUUCUUAUUAACGUCCAAAUGCUCUCUGCAACCCUCAUUCCAUUUCCUCACCCAACUCCGCUCCCAAGACGCACACAAGCGCAUGCGAACCUUCCAUCACCGCUCCCACCUAACCCCCCUACCGUCACUGCUGCCACCUCUAGCCCCUACGCACGUUCGAUCCCAACCUCACCGUGCGUCAUUACCCCCGCCCGCAUCAUGUCACCCCGCUUUCUCGACCUCGACCAGAGCCCGCCAUGACCACGAUGGGUCAUAUCCCUCCCACAGGUAUAAGGGAUACUGGGAGUUGAUAUUGAAGCAACCGCAUAGCUAUCAGUUCGACCCAACCACGUUACCUCAAGCACAAGCAGCGCACAGGAAUACACAUACACACACCACACCUACCCCAACAGCCAUAGUAUCCGACACCUCCCCGCUAUCAUUCAUGCCCGGUCGAUCGAAUGCGGCGCCGCCAGCGGCAAAAAUAUUCACGCCUCUAACUUCGGUGGAAGCCUCAUCGGCCGAGGAACUGGCCCGGCUGGAAGCGGAAGAGAAGGCGCUGCAUCCGCCUGCGGCUCCGGAUAAUUGUUGCAUGUCUGGAUGUGUCCACUGCGUAUGGGACGUCUACCAAGCCGACAUGGAAGCCUUUCAACUCACGCGAAACCGCAUCCGCGACCGCCGCCGCAACCUCCUGAUAGCGUCAGGGAGGGAACAGGAAGCCGCACAGGCUGCCGCGGAGGCGACGGCGGCGGAUGCUGAUUUGGAUGCGGCGGGUGGAGGGAUGGAUCCGGGGAUGGCAGCGUUUUUGGCGAUGGAGAAGGAUAUGUUGAGGAGGCAGAGGGAGAGGGAGGUGGAGUUGGUAGAAGGAAAAAGUGGGACAGGGGUUGGGCUGUAGUGGGCCUGGCGCUUUCAAGCCAUACCGAGUUAACCAAGUUGGAAACACCAAGAUAUUGGGAGAGGACCCUUAUAGGAGUGUAAUCGAAUGAUAGUGGAGACAGAGAGGCAGGAGGGAGACAGCCACAGCAAGGGCAUUAGUUUACAUAGAAGACCGAGAAGACCGGUCUCAAAAUAACAUAGGCUCGAGUCCGCCCUUAGCGGUCAUCAAGAGUAAAGGACACAAGUUAGCAUUGCCACUCCGAGGGAGGUUCGUAAUCAAUGAAGUUCCCUCAUCAUCUUCUAGGCAGUGCAUGCAUACAAAAUUGAAAACAUAAAUACAAAGAAUAGACCAAAAAAGAUGCGCAAACGGCAUAUUAUGCCCUCUACGUGUAC